CUCACUUUGGUCGGCAACAAGUACUUUACUUAUGGCAUAGUCCUUCUCUUAUGGGACAUAAAACAGGCCUGGUGAAGCAUACAGAUGCUCACUUGCUACAUUGUAGUUAGAAAUGGCACCAAGUGUUUUUCUCUUUGUAGCUCCCGCUGUGGAUGAGACGCUAAAACCAGAUGAUGUCGCGGAUAUGUUAGAGGAGCUGCUGCCAGCUAAGACCCAGUCUUAUGUGCUCGGCCUCAAGUUAAAAAUUCCGCAUCGACGAGGUGGAGGCGAUUCAUUGCCAAUACCUGGAUCCAAUGGAGCGUCUGCUGCACAUUCUUCUUAGCUUCACCAGGCAAAAAGAGCCCAGACCAACAUGGAGGAUCAUUGUAGAUGCUCUAAGGAGUCGUCCCGUCAACCUGCCAAGACUAGCUAUGCAAGUGGAAGCAGUUCGUUGCCGGGAUGUGGUACCUGGGACUCCUACUGACACAGAUUCCACAGCCAACCCCACUGUUGCUGGUGAUGGCGUCCCAUCCUCUCAACUCAGCACCACUACUGCUAAGGUCCCAUCCUCUCAACUGAGCACCACUACUGCUGAGGUCCCAUCCUCUCAACUGAGCCCUGUCACUGGUGAGAGCUUUCAUUUA